UAACCGCUGAUGCUGCAUAACGUGACCCGAGGCAAUGUUAUGUGAUUCAAACAAUAAAACAUUAUUCCAAAUUCAUACUUCGAAUUGGAUAGUCAGAUUAGUUAGCAAUAAAGUUUUAAAUUGUAAUUUCUAUUAUAAUAAAUAAUUAUAAGUUAAUUGGUUUUUUUUCGAUCCUACGGCUGUAGCAUUCGUAAUUAGUCCCAGUGUCAAUCGUAACGUGCAAAGAUAUGCCACCUAUAUUCUCUACCAGGAAGCGCAGACUUGUGGAACCGUGCCCUCACAUUUCGAAGUGAAAAAGGCACAACAUUUGUACUGUUUUCAAGGUAACCAAAACAAUCGGUCCAAGUGUUGAAUUGAUUGUAACCAGCUCUCUUUCAAAAUGUUGGACAUUUAAUAUGCAACUGACGUUCUGACGUAAAGGCUUUUACAGAACAUCAGCGCUUAUUUUACAAGUAAGAACCAUAGCUGAGUAAAGGCCUUAUCCAUUCAGCACUUUAAAGUUUAACAUUUUUUUUCUUUUAUGCAUUUGCUAAUUAUGUAUGUGCUUUUUUGUAUAUUCCAUUAUUCUAUUGUUCUGUGUCUUAGCAUGUAUAUGUUUUAUUAUUUUUAUUCCCUCAAUCUUUUAUCUGCUACUACUAUGUUAUUUUAAGUUCUGAAUGGAUUAAAUGUGUUAUUAUUAUUAUUAAUAAUAUUUUCUUAUGUUUUAAUGUCAUUAGAAACUGUUUUACGAGUUACAAAUAAAUAAUAAGAAUGAUGAUGACAUCUUGGUGUAUUUUGAUUUCAUUCGGACCCAUAGUAUCAUCUGUACCCUCUAUUUUGGAGCCCUGGUGCGGUUAAGAUUUUUUUUUUAUGUAUUUCUCUUAGCACUAGUGCUUGAAUAAGGCCCAUACCAAAAAUAAGCAAGAUCCGACAAACUUUACCAUCCUGCGAUCAGAAGGAUAUAAUUACGUAAUCUGCUAACAAAGACCAUAAGAGACCAGCACAAAAAUAAUUCAAAGAGGUUAAAACUGUCACUGGUCAAGCUGCGAAGAUUAAUGUACAAGUUUUCUGAACAACUUCAAUUUCUCAGGACAUUGACGAAGAAAGAAAUGUUACAAUUAAUUUUGUAAAUGCAGUGAAAAGAUGCUUUUCCACCAUCGUACAUACAUGAGCAACGAUUCGAUUUCUUUACAUCAGGGAUGUUGCGAAUAUUCGUAUCCGCAUCCGCAAAUGCGGAACUUCCGCAUAGAUUUGGACAUCUGCAUCUGCAUUAAUCAGUGCGGAUGUUCAUACGAAUGCGAAUAUCAUGCAAGUAGCCGGGCAGUGUACCUAGCGAACAAUUAUUUAGUAGCGCGGGUUUAAUUUAUGAACCUCUGCGUAAUCGCCUUGAACCAGAAAAGGCGGCAAUACUCCUGUUCAUUAAGUAUAAUGCUCCUAUUUUUUAUUUUAAUUACUAAUUUACCAAUCGGUGUUUAAUAUGUACUAAUGUUUGAUUAAUUAUAAUAAAAAUAUUAAUCAUUGUUUUAAUUCUUCAUUAAUAGACUUUACAUAAUGAGCCCUGAAAUUAUGAUGAUGAUGAUGACGGUUUACAUAUUAUCUUAACAUCCGCAUCUGAGCCCUCAAAAGUCCGCAUCCGCAUUCGCAUCCGUGGCUGUGAAAAAAAUCCCUGCUCUACAUCAGCAGGCUCACAUAUCGUAGCAAGUUCAACUCCUACUUCAUGCAAUAUCAGCUGCAUCUUCCUACAAUUAACUUAGAUGAGUCUCCAUCAGACUGCCAAUACAAGAGCUUCUGAAGCCGCGUCUGAAAAAAAGACAUCUGCCCCUGGUUCAGAAUCUGUUUUAGCUGCUCUAAUGAAAUGAAUAGAUACAAAUACUGAACAAGAACAAGUUACAGGAAAGAGCGGGACUUCCUAGCACAAGUACCUAUCGGAUACUUAAAUUGAAGUCUCAACAUCAGCAUAAAUUGGAUAAGGUAUGCAUUAAGUACUACAUGGGUUUCCAAACCCAGAGGACAUUCGAGAACACUUUAAUACAUUGCAAUUGGUGGCAAUAUCUUGGCUCUGGAAAAUGGACACAAACUUCAGUACUCACGUGUUUGUCGAUCGCAUUUUCAAGAGAAAUACUUAUGCCGCAACAAUAAAAUUAUCAAAAUUGCUGUACCAACAUUAAUUAUGCCAGAUUUUUGUAAAAUUUAAGCAUCACAAAAUACCUAAAUUUUAAUAUUUCACAUAAUAUGCAACUGUUCUUUUUUCCAGAACCAUUGUCAUUACAAACAUCUAAGCAGAAGCCAAUGCAAGAAAUUUGCAAUGCGAGCAAACCAUGCGAUGCCAGUAAACCCUGCGAUACCAGCUAACCCUGCGAUACCAGCAAACCCUGCGAUACCAGCUAACCCUGCGAUACCAGCAAACCCUGCGAUACCAGUUAACCCUGCGAUACCAGCAAAGCCUACGAUACUAGCUAACCCUGCGAUACCAGCAAAGCCUACGAUACCAGCUAACCCUGCGAUACCAGCAAAGCCUACGAUACCAGCUAACAAUCAAAAUAUAAGUUAUUUUGAAACUGUUUAUAACAGUAUAUAGAUACUAAUGAAAUACAUUCAGCAAUUCUAUUAAAUACAAUCGGAGAAGAAUAUCACAAUAUUCCAGAGCUUCAACAUCGACAGAAAUUCAAUGAGAAGUUACUCAAAAAAUUUGGUCCAUACACGAAUAUCACGGUGGAGAGGUGACAAUUCUUAAGAAGAUUAGGAGGAAACCUAUCCUUUCGCUUUCCAACAUGCACAUCAAUCGCUAGAAUGAAAGGAUUUCACAGAGAAAAUGAAAUUGUUUAACUUGUUGGAGAAGUCUUUUGGUAAUUCCAGUAUCUUGUAACAAAUGUAACGAAGAAACUGGGAUUUCAGUGGUGCCAUCAAAAAUGCCGGAGACACUAGUUCUCAAGGGCAAAAGACAAAUAGGAACCGUAACGUCAGCAGAACGUGGAAAAAAAGCAACAAUCACUUCUGAAAAUUGAGUGCAGCUGGCACUUUUGUUCCGCCGAUGAUGGUACUCCCGAGCAAAAGGGGAAUUCGCUACUGAUGAAAACUGUUCCACUUAGUAGCAUGCUUGUCAUCCCUCCCGAUGGAUACAACAAGACAUAUUUACUCAAUCGUUUAAACAUAUUAACUUCAUACGAAACCAAAUGCUGUAUCGUCGGUUCUACUGAUUUUAGAUAGCUAUGCAAGCCACACCAGAAAUAUCAAAGUUGUGGAUUUAGCCAGACGAACCUGAAAAUUGCUGGAAGACAUCCAUAGGUGAAAAUAAGAUGUACCAGUUAUUUUGUAAAGACUAAAUGAAAAGAAAUGGAAAGUGAUUCGCCGCCAGUAUCACCUUCGGCCAGAUCGUUGGUUGUGGAGAUGGAAGUGGAAGUGGAGAGGAUAUCGGGGACAGAACCGGGCAUUUUUGAACCAUCUACGUCGUCCGACUGGCCGCCGCCGCGUGUAUCAGCAUCUACACCGACUUCCACUCAUUCGGCUAGACAUUUGGUCGUAGGGAUGGAAAUUACGCGGACACCCUCAGGGACACUGCGAGUGGCUGAGAAUGUACUUUUGGAGAGGACACCCUCGGGAUCCGUUCGACCUUGGCGUCCAUCAUCAUUGAUGGCGAGUGAAGGCGUGGAGAUAGUGGACAGCCUCAAGCCUGUCAAUCUCUUUCCCUCCGAGGAGAUCAACAAUGAUGAUGACAUUUUUGACGCCCCGUUAGCUCAGCUCUUAGAUUCUGGGAGCGAAGCCGACGACGACGAGUUUGAGGAUGAAGGGGAAUUAAAUUUGCAACUGCAAGCGAUCUGGGACGAAGACAAUUUAAACGAUCACAACAACGACACCGAAGCCAUUGCUGAGCCCGCGCUCAGUGCCAUAAAUACAAAUUAUGACUGGUCGGAAGACUGGUCGGGCUUUACAGGUGUAAAGGAACACUUCAACGAGGCUGUUGGCCCCAAAAUUGAGGGAAUAAGCCCGUUAGCAAUAUUCUCUCAAAUUUGGGACCAACCGCUGAUGGAAUCUAUAGUGGCCAGCACUAAUCAGUACGCCUGGGAAACUAUAGUCAAAUAUACAGAGACUGAAAGUGGUAUCCCGCCUAAAUCACGUCUUCAUUCUUGGGACGAAACGUCCGUCGACGAACUUUAUCGCUUGAUCGCGGUAAUAAUAUUGAUGAGCAUCUGCGUCAGAAACCGUAUCGAUGAGUACUGGUCUACCGGCACUUUAGGCAUGCCAGAAUUUAGAAAAAUCAUGAGUAUUAACCGGUAUACAUUACUCAUGAAAUUUUUACAUUUUGUGGACAACAGUACCAUCGAUACGGAUUCCCACGGCGCAGAAAGGAAACUAGCCAAAAUCAAGCCAUUGCUUGAUAACUUAAAUAAUAAAUUUCAAGAGGUUUACGCGCCUCGCAGAGAAUUGUCACUCGACGAAUCGUUGCUGCUUUGGAAAGGCCGACUAAGUUGGAAGCAGUGUAUCAGAUCCAAAGCAGCACGAUUUGGAAUAAAGAGUUACGACCUCUGCGAGGCCGCGACUGGCUAUGUCCUCAAUACCAUGAUUUAUACUGGGAAAAAUAGUUCUCUUCCCACUAUUUAUGGAUUUCAGUCGAGCACCGAAAAAAUUGUUAUCCAUUUGUUUAAUAGUUAUCUUAACAAGGGGUUUUCGCUGUUCAUGGAUAACUAUUAUAACUCUAUUGAACUGUGUAGAUUUUUAAAAACUAAAAAAACGGAUGUUGUCGGCACCAUAAGCCGGCGACGCAAACAAAUUCCAGACGCCAUAAAAGCCGUCGAUAAAAAGGUUGACCGGGGCACUGUGGUAAGUCGACACUGUGGUGACAUUUCUGUUGUAUGUUGGAAAGACGUCAAAUUAGUAAGUGCAGUGUCGACUUACCACAAAAACGACAUGGUUGAGGGCAGACGGGCGGGUGAAGCUCGACAAAAACCCGCCGUUAUUGACACUUAUAACGCAUUUAUGGGAGGGGUAGAUCUUAAAGAUCAAAAACUGUCUACGUAUCUGCUUGAACGGAAAAGGGGACUAAAGUGGUACAUAAAGGUUUUUAAAAGAUUAUUGAAUACCGCAAUUUUAAAUUCAUAUAUAAUAUAUGUGGCCAAUAUGGGCCAACAAAAGCCUGUUACGCACCGAGCCUUUCGCUACCGCCUCGUAGAGGAAAUUUUGGAAAACGGGAUUACAGUGUCUCUGCAUGUGAACUAAGAUGAAUACGGAGGCAGACAUAAGCCAAGUUUCUAACGACGUUUGAAAUCAACGCGAAACAAACACGCAACUACCAAAUUGCACCAAAUGCAGUGUCUGUUCAGGAAACUCCAGGAGCUCAUAUAUGUGGAGAUUUUUUUCCUGACUACGUGACGAUAUAGUACACUGAGGACUGCAUUAAACAUUACGAAUGUAAUAACAGUAUGUUGCAUGGUGUUACAUCUUACAGUGCAUUAAAGGAGAAAUUGGUAAUAUACGAAAAAAUAAAAAGUAAGUCGAAGGAAGUAAGAAAAGAUCGUGUGAGUUAUCAGUAGAAGACUGUUCCUGUGAAAAAACGGCGUUACAACUGUGGAAGCAUAGAUCAUGUGGCUAGUGCACUCACUACACACUUAAAAACGGUGUAAAGUGUUUUGGUUGUAAUCAAUUCGGCCAUAUAAGACCAUAUGGCAAGAUGCAAAAUAACAUGAACACGGAUGCAAAUUAUGGAAGUGAGAUGGCGGCCGGUAGAAGAGGUUUGAAUUGACGUUCGGCUAUAUUCGAAGCGAUGCCAACCAAUGACGGAGCGCGUCGUGAAUUUUAAGAUGGCAGCAAGGACGCUUGAAUGUCAACGACCUUUGACAAUCCGUCAAAGCAAAGUAACAGUGACAAAAAAUUCCAAUAACUUUCACUGCCGCGGACUCGCCCUUUUCCAAUGGUUUACUUAAAUGAAAAAAUCAAACGUUUGUCAAUAAAAUUAGAUACAAAAUAAACGAAAAGAAAUCUAAAGUAAUAUGGACAACUAUAGCACAAAAUUGUGUAAAAACUUAUAAUGAAACGGAGCAUACUGUCACUGGACAUGCUAAAUAUAAAGAGUCAUGUAGGCAUAACCUAUAAAUAGACAAAAAGACAUUCAGAAGCAUAUCCCAUUAAAGAUCCAUUAAGGAAGUACUGUAUCCACUUCCUUAAUAACCAGAAAUAAGUUAACAAUAGGAGCCCUUUGUACAAUCAACUCUAUAUGUUUUAUUAGAAUAAAUAGUCAGUCUUUGCUU